AUGAGAUACAGUCUUAUCAUUCUCGCUGGCAUCGCUGCAGUCCAAGCCGCUGUUGCAGCACCCCCAGUAGACGGCCAUCUUUCGGCUCGCGAUCGUACAGUUGCUCGUGCUGAGCUGAACAGCCCCGGUGGAAAGGAUUGGAAACGUGCUGAGGUGGACAGCCCCGGUGGAAAGGACUGGUAA